CGCCCAUGUAUGAUCAUGGGAUCGGAGAGAAGUAACUUUAGUGAGCUUAAGUCACGGUGCUUCUAUGUUUAAUAUAAAAGGGAACUAUAUAUCUAGAAGUGGUUAAACAUUGCAAGAAUGAGUGAGAAAAAGGGAAAGAAACGACCAAAAUCAUACUACAUAAAAUGUGCCAACAAAAAGCCAAAGAGAGAGGUGUGGAAACUGGAGGCUGGCAUGAAAGGUUUCCUUAUCACAUGUAAUAACAACGAGAAAGCUGCUGUCAGAGAGGCCUACAAUAUUCUUAAUGAAUAUGCUGACAAACUUUACGGCCCAGAGAAGGAGAUAACAGACAUGAGGAAUGAGGAAGACUCAUCAGAAGAAGAUGUAGAAGAGGAAGACAUAGAGAAAGCCAUGAUGAAAGAAGUAAAUGAAAUCAAAGAGAAAAAGCUUACACAGAGAAGAUUCCAAAACACCAACACAAAAGCCAAGAACUGCAUCUUCAUCAGGACCACCUUGUCAGACCCUAGUCAGCUGGCUCACUCCAUAUUGUCCGAUCUGUCAGAAACAAAGGUCCAGAAAUCUAGGUACGCAAUCCGUCUUCUUCCCAUAUCUGGAAGUUGCAGAGCAGAAGAAGCUGAUGUUAAAAAACUUGGGAAAGAAUUGUUUACUCCAAUCUUUGAGACUCCGUAUGGAAAGGGAUAUUCUUUUAGUAUAACUGUGAAAGUCAGAAACAAUAAUGGCCUUGGGCGGGAUUCAGUCAUUCCCGCCUUGGCUGGUAUCGUUAAGGAACUAAAUCCACUGCACCGAGUCAGUCAUGACCACCCAGAUUUUGUUAUCCUGGUUGAAGUCAUUCAGUCUGUGUGUUGUAUAGGCAUCGUUAAAGACUUCUUCAAAUUCAGGAAGUACAAUUUGCAGGAAAUAGUGAAGAAAAGUGUUGAAAGCAAAGAGAAUUCAGAAGAUUUAAGCAAGGAUGAAAAUGUAGAUGGUGUAGAUGAUAAAGGUGACAAUAAUCAGGCUACAGAGCAAAAUAAAACUCAAGUUUGUGAAGAAAAUACAAAAGAAGAGCAAGAAACUGUUGAUACACAAUGCAGUGGGAUAAAGGAGACUGAAGCAGAAGAUCCAUCAGUUAUAGAGUGUGUAAAUGAGAAAUCCUCAGAUACAAACUGUAAAAGUACUGAGAUCUUAAUUGAAGUGGAUAAAACAAAUGCAGCAACAAAAACUGAAGAUGCUUCUGUUAAUGUUGAACCAAUUCAUGAAUCUGACUAGAAUUCAUCUGCAAGUAAACUUAGAUAAAUGUUGAUACAUGUUAGAGUACUUAUUUAUAAUGAAAUAUUUAUAUUGUUAACAUCUGGAUAAAAUUAUUAAAAACUG